ACAAACGAAGAUGAUCGAUUGCACAUUACCUACGGCAUACAUCAACUCUACAACUUGGAUGACAGGGUUCGGGGCAUGAACAUGGGAGACUGGAUGUACUAUCAUCGCGAACCGCUGUACUGCAUGAAAGACAAGCGUUGGUACAACAGAGACGCUUAUUAUCCAACAGAAAUUGUCCGCGUCGAUCAGAUUUAUUGCCUGUGA